AACACAUAGUAGGAUACUCAUUACUUUGUGUGACAGGUUUCCCCAAUGUCAUUGGUGCAGUGGACUGCACACACAUAAGGAUAAAAGCCCCCUCAGGUGCCCUUGAGGGCGAUUUUGUGAAUAGGAAAUCCUUUCACAGCAUUAAUGUUCAGGUGAACAUAACUUUUUGAUAUUGUCCAUUGACGAACACUCUGCAUUGCCAGUGAUGUGCAUUGAUUGGUGUAAUAUUCCUCAUCUUAUGAUUUCAGAUGGUCUGCAAUGCUGACUGUGUGAUCAGCAAUGUUGUGGCAAAAUGGCCUGGCUCAGUCCAUGACUCCAGAAUCUUUCGGGCCUCUGAAAUCUAUCAGUGCCGAUCACAAGGUGAAUUCUCUGGUGUGUUGCUGGGAGACAGGGGGUAUGGCUGCCAGCCUUUUCUCCUGACACCUUUCACAGACCCCCAGGAAGCACAGCAGGCCUACAACCAUGCCCAUGCCAGGACCAGGGCCAGAGUUGAAAUGACCUUUGGCCUCCUGAAGGCACGCUUUCACUGCCUUCACAAAUUAAGGGUCAGCCCUGUUAGGGCAUGUGAUAUUACUGUGGCUUGUGCUGUCCUCCACAAUGUGGCCUGCCUGAGGAAGGAGAGGGCCCCCAGAGUGCCACCAGCCAUGGACUGGGACAAUCCGGCAAUCUUCCCUGAUGACGACAGUGGUCGGCUGCUGAGGGACCAAUAUGUGUUGAAUUAUUUUAGUUAGUAUGUGUGCUUUCAAUUUUGGUUAAAUAUGUCCUGCGGUGGCAGAGGAAUUUGGUUUUUUUUGGGUUCGUUUUUUUACGAAUUUGGCCUCUUAUGAUGUUUGUGCGGUAUACUGUGUGUAAUACAAGGCUGCAGGGAGGCUACUGCAUCCAUUCAUUUGUCUGUUCAGUUGAUGUGUAUGGAUUUGUCCUGCAUUUAUUUUAGUGUGCAGACAUGCAGGGUGUGUUAUAUACAGACCUUUGAAUGUGUAUGUAUCAUUUUGUAUAAUAUGCUUGGAUUCUGUGCUUUCCAUCUUGUAGAGUCACUGUGACUUCAGUUUCGAAAGGAGCUGAUGGUUUACCUGCUUUGUUUUGUCCUUAUUCAAUAAAGGAACAUAAUGUUA